AUGGGUGACUAUCUAAACCUUCCAAAAUCUCCAACUCAAUCAUCAUCGCCGCCACCACCACCGCCACCUCCUCCACAAGCUCCGCCAUCAACCAGAUCAAACAUGCCCAUGCUAUACUACGGUCUCGUGGUUGUAGCCACCGCUGCCAUCGUCCUUGCCAUCUACAACCUCAUAAUUGUACGGUGGUGCGCCAUACAAUACCGCCGCUCACGAGAUACUAAUCAUCACUUCGGUCCCCGGAGAAACGUUGCCACCCGAAACAAUAACAUAUCACUGCCACCGUCUUCCCUCUCCGGCGGCGGUUCCACCGUAGGUUUGACUGCGAGUUUCCGAUACAAAAAAGAAAUUGAGGGUACUAAUAUUAAAACCCAGUUGGAUUAUGACACCGAGUGCUCCGUUUGCUUAUCGGUUUUUGAAGACGGCGAAGAAGUCAGAAAGUUGCCGAGAUGUAACCACUCGUUUCAUGCUUCGUGUAUCGAUAUGUGGUUGUACUCUCACUCCGACUGCCCACUGUGUCGUAACUCGGUGGUAGAGCCACCGCCGCCACCGCCACAUGCACCGUCGCACCUACCUUUAACAUCACAACACCGGCAUACAGACUCGGCUUUAUCGGAGCAUUCACGGGAUGGAUUAUUAGAUAGAGCGAGCUUCUCUGUCUCUGUGGUUGGCAUUCGUGGGGCCUUUUCUAAGAAGAUUCUACAAAUUCUUUGA